AUGAACAACGGGGUAGAUUCAGCAGACUCCCAGGGGGCUGACCAUAAUGAUCCAGUCUUUAGAGCUGUGGGAAUAUCACUCGCACUUGCUAGCGGUGUUUUUAUCGGUUCAUCGUUCAUAUUCAAGAAGAAGGGCCUUUUGCAAGAAACGAAUUCCGGUGCCAUUGCUGGCCAAGGACAUAGUUACUUGUCAAAUAAAUUAUGGUGGCUCGGAAUGAUUUUAAUGAUUAUUGGUGAAUUGUGCAAUUUCGUUGCAUAUGCUUUUGCACAAGCUAUUAUAGUUACACCCCUUGGAGCUCUUAGUGUUGUUAUCAGUGCCGUGUUAUCAUCAAUCUUUUUGAAAGAACGAUUAAACUUACAAGGGAAAAUUGGCUGUGCUUUAUGUAUCUUGGGUGCGGUAAUGAUUGUCAUACACUCGCCUGAUCAGCAGUCCGCGAAUACCAUUGAUGAGUUCUCUAAACUCUUCUUUGCACCAGUCUUUAUUGUAUAUACCAGUCUUGCGAUUAUAAUAUCAAUAAUAAUCAUCUGGAAAGUCGCCCCAAAAUACGGAUCCAAGAAUAUGCUUGUAUAUAUCGGCAUUUGUUCUCUGAUCGGUUCUUUAUCAGUAGUUACGACUCAAGGACUUGGCACUGCGAUAGUCACCUCAAUCAUGGGCAACAACCAGCUCACUCAUUGGUUUUUCUAUGUCCUCCUUGUUUUUGUCGUGGGAACGCUUUUAACCGAAAUCAAUUAUCUCAACAAAGCCCUUAAUUUAUUCAACACUGCUAUGGUAACGCCAGUCUACUACGUUACCUUUACCAGUCUAACAAUUAUCAGUUCGGCGAUUUUAUUCCAAGGUUUCACCGCACCGAUAGUAAGCAUAAUUUCCGUUAUACUCGGUUUUUUUGUGAUAUGCGCAGGAAUAUUGUGUCUUCAAACAUCCAGAGCACCAAUUGAGGACGUUGAAAGUGUAUUCUCACCCGAUGACAAACGUCUGUCUCUCAUAAGUGAUGGAACCUAUGAGCCAGGCGCAUCUGAAAUACGUGCUAGUUUUGGCAGUCUUCGUCGAUACUCCAUGACAUUCAAUCGGCCUCUUAAUGGCAAUGGUCAUCCUCAAAACGGCAAUCAUCGUCGAAGUGUGAGCCUCAAUCUCAAUUCUCGGCGAGGAUCAAAUGGAUCUUCUGUGCUUCCCGUCAUUUCCGAACAUCCUGCGACCAUAGCAGUGCCUAACCGCGAAGCAGGGAGUAAGGCAGCCGUCACACAGGGAGAAAAUAUAUUCGGCCAAGAUAUGGAGUUGGGAGAAGCCAACAAGAGCUCUACAGUGCGGUUCAACGUGACACCUAUCAUUCACACAUCUACACCUAGUAUUGACACGGAAAUCUCUCUUGAAUCGCCAACAUCUUCAUCGAAAAUGGAACUUCCUAGAUUGCCUCCUCCAUUAUCACCUCUUCAACAUCCAAUUGAUUACCUUAAGACUCAGGUUUCUGCUGGGGCUGCCACAUUUACCGAAAUACUGGAUGAAAGCGCCAAGAGGAGAGAUCUCGAUAAGCAUGGAAGUACUUCUUCGCGUAGGUCACAAAAUAAGCUCUCUGUAUUGGACAGGUUUAAAUUUGGAAUGGAUAAAGACGAUGAAGACGCGGAAGAGUUAAUGAGAAGGGACGUUGAAGCAGAAUCAAGCACAAAGAGUGGGAAGAAAAAAGAAAAAGGAACUUACAAUUAUGACGAUGACGAUGAUGCCAACACAUCUGGGACUCUCAGUCCAAUGUAA